ACGGCCCAAUUAGCCAGGCUCUGUCAGCCAAGCCCCAAUAUAAAUUAUUUAUCAUCCUCUUCUGCGACCCAAAAAAAAACCCUAAGCGGCACAUUUGAGGUUUGCAGUGUAGGGUUUAGAACUGUCUCCCAUGGCUCCAGCUAAAGAUGUGGCAAAAAAGGGUGACCCGAAAGCCCAAGCCGUAAAGGCUGCAAAGGCUGUGAAAUCAGGAUCAACCUUUAAGAAGUCAUCAAAAAAGAUACGAACAAAAGUUACAUUUCAUCGGCCUAAGACAUUGAAGAAGGAUAGAAAUCCCAAGUAUCCUAGGAUUAGUGCACCUGGAAGGAACAGACUUGAUCAGUACCAGGUUCUUCAAUAUCCUCUCACCACUGAGUCUGCAAUGAAGAAGAUUGAGGACAAUAAUACACUUGUUUUUAUUGUUGACAUCAAAGCUGACAAAAAGAAGAUUAAGGAUGCGGUGAAGAAAAUGUAUGAUAUCCAGACAAAGAAAGUCAAUACCUUGAUCAGGCCUGAUGGAACAAAGAAGGCCUACGUGAGGUUGACACCCGACUAUGAUGCUUUGGACGUGGCAAACAAAAUUGGAAUCAUCUAAAUGCGUUAAAAUAGUUUGUAUUUUUGGAUAUGAGAAUUUGGAACUUAUGAAGUGAAGUACCCAAUCUUAUUCAAUUUUGACAAUUGAGUUUCGAUGAUGUGCUGUUCUAUAUAAGACUGUCAAGCUUGUAUUUA